UUCUUUUGUUUCACGUCGUUCAAUUAUAUAUUAUAUACAUUUGAUUCUACUUAUCGAUGUACCGGGUAGUUAGUUUUACAAAAUAUCGGUAUUUUUGUGCGAUUUUGCGGAACGAAUUUGGCGGUCACAUAUCUUUAUUUUGAAAAAUAACAUUACAUUCGAUUUUGUUUUGUAUUUUGUUUCUCAACUCUGGUUGAAUUUUUUAAUUGAUGUUGCUUGUAUCUAUAAAUGCCGUAUGUAUUAAUCAAGUCUAUUUGUACUAAUGAUUAUAUGUAUUUCAUGCUUGAGCAGACAAAUCGUUGUCAUUAGGCUUUGCUUCUCAUACCCUCUCUUCAAUCGGGCAGAUUCAUUCAUACCACAAAGGGAAUUUUUUUGCCGACUUUCCCUAGGUCCGAUGGAGUGCAAGAGCAUCUUAACUUCGGCUUGGUCAAUUUUUUAAUUUUCGCAAAGCAUCUUUCCUGAAAUGCAUCGCACCACGGGUUUUUAAUUGUCAAUGAACAAUGGCCACGUCUAAAUCGUCUUUACUGAUCUCCCUGAUCGUUUUUGGAUUUGCAGUUUCUGGCGUUAGCUGCAAAGUCGAGUUCACCAACCUGAAAUGCACGACCCUGGAUCGCGAAUUUUUGGAGUUUGACAAGUGCUUUUUAAAGUCGAUCAACCGGACCUACAAGUACCUCUCCGUGAGCACAAAGAUCCACAUGCUCCCGUUAAAGAGUGUUUCAGUUCGUAGAUUACUUCACCUAGUCUUCGAUCGUUCCCAUCACACAGUGCCAUUCCAGAUCCAGACUCAAGUGCUUCAGAGACUGAACGGCUACAAACCGUUCCUCUUUAAUUUCACCACCGAUGGCUGCAAGGCUUUGAGUGGGAAAAUGAAUCCGACGACUCGAUUUUUCUUCGGGCUGAUUGCCCCCUACUCAAACCUGAACCAUUCCUGUCCCUACGAUGUGAGUUUCUGUCAUACCUCCCUCCACUCGAUUGAUGGUGUCUCCUAUAUUUUCCAUAGCACGACCUAUUUGUGGAGAAGCUUCCGAUUAGCUUUAUGGACGAGCAACUCACCAAAGUUCUGCCGUUCCCGGAGGGUGAUUACUGCUUAAAAAACGUAUACUCGUACCGUGGAAAACCACGAGCUGAGAUCUCGG